AUGUCAUGGGCUACGGAUGUCGACGGAGACUUUGCUCUCCACAGCGCAGUGGUUGAAGUAAUGCCAAAGGGGACCAAAGUCAUCUCAGCCGAAACAUGGGGGCUUUCAGCUUGGACCAAGACUGCAAAGAUUUCCACUGUGCUCGCUGAUGGAACCAACCAGCGAUACUUCCUGAAGUGUGCCAGUGGAAAACUUGCGAAGAUUCAUAUGUGGGGAGAACAUUACUCUGCCACCAUAAUUGAUUCCAAAGUCCCAGAAUUUGGCCCAGCACCGGUCGGAAAAGGGGAGUAUAUCGAUGAAGUUGGCAAUCAGGCCUACUUCUAUCUACAGAAGUAUCAUGACAUGGAUACACAGACACCUCCCGACCCAGCCGGACUGGCAACUGCCAUAGCAGAGCUUCACACGAAAGCAACGUCUCCGAACGGCAAAUUUGGCUAUGCAAUCGUCACAGGCCGCGGCUCCGUAGAUCGCAAAGAGCACUGGAGCGACAGCUGGGCAGAACAAUUCACUUACUUGCUCAAAGACCUGAUCAAGCUGGACAAUCAGGUCAACGGGCCCUGGAUCGAGUUUGACGCGGCAUGCAAGCAGCUGAUGGAUGGCGUGAUCCCACGACUGCUGGGAGCCUUGCAGACAGAAGGGCGCGAGAUAACGCCAGCUUUAUGCCACGGCGACCUGUGGGAAGGCAAUGUUGCCACUGACAUGGAAACUGGCAAAGUCAUCAUCUUUGAUCCGGAUGAGUGCAUGUACGCGCACAACGAGAUCGAGUUCGGGACAUGGCGAUGCAGUUGGGCGACGCAUUUCAAGUCGCCUGCCUACAUCCAACAUUAUCAGAUGGAGGUUGAGCCAUCUGAGCCGGUCGAGGAGUGGGACGACCGCAAUCGGUUGUAUUCAAUCAAAACGGCUAUAUGCGACUCGGCUGGGCAUCGUGGGAGCAAAUCAAGAGUCAUAGCAUACAAUGACAUGCUUUUCUUGUGCGAAAAGUAUGCUCCCCUAGAUAGCCUUGAACGGUAUGAUCCAGAAAAGGACAUCAGCGUGACUGGGGUUUCGGAAGCGUACGACAUCAAUGCAGGAGUUGGAGUUUAA